AUGCCGUAUUACGCGGAGGAUAUAAUCAAUAGCCUCACAUGGCACCCCAUGCCCGACUGGGUUCGCAGACGUUUUAAUUUACCCAUCAACACUCCCCUUGGUACGGCUCCCGUUAUGUCUCCUCAAAGCGGCUCAGGCCGCAAGCCUACCACAGUUUCGGACAGCGAGUCCCCCGCAUUUACAUCAUGCGAGUCACCGGAAAAUACAACCGUUGGCGACUCGGAACAGAGACUGGAUACUAUAUUAGCUGUGGAACCCUCAACUGAUGCCGCCAGUAUUGCAGAACGAACUCCAUCAAAAGAAAAUAACGAGGUCGCUUCUCUCAGGAGGCUUGCAGGGCGCGAUAACGGUAGAGGUCCCUCCUUAUCUCUGCUGUCUUCGGGUCCUGGAAGUGACGGUAAUGCGACCAAACAUGUUGUUCGUUUCCGUGGGUCGGGGUGGAAGCCACUGCUAAACGGCAAGGAUGAAGAGGAAGGUUUUGAAGUUGCGUUUGAGGAUGAAGAAUGCGGUGCUGAAGAGGGGGACGCGGAACGUUUCUUGGAAUGUAAUGUAUUUCUCUCUGGUACCCCGUUAGCAACGUUAUUUCUUGACCACAAGAUGGGGAAAGUUAUUACCAAGCAACAUGACAGCUAA